AUGAAAAUAACUGAAAAAUUGCAACGCCAAAGAACUAAGGAGCCAUCGAAACCAACGUUUUCCUUUGAAUUUUUUGUUCCCAAAACAUUACAAGGUGUUCAAAAUUUAUAUGAUCGUAUGGAUAGAAUGUAUCUAACUAACCCACAAUUCAUAGAUAUCACGUGGAAUGCAGGUGGGAAAGUAUCAAUGAACAAUGCAAAUACAAACGAUUUAAUCCACACAUGUCAAAGUGUUCUUGGUUUGGAAACAUGUAUGCACUUAACAUGUACCAAUAUGCCUGUUGAGAAAAUUGACGAAGCUUUACAGAAAGCUUACGAUUCUGGUUGUCAAAAUAUUUUGGCACUAAGAGGUGAUCCGCCAGUUGUUGAUGAAAAGGCUCAGCAAUCCAAUGCGCUUAAAUAUGAUGGUUUUAAUUAUGCUAAGGAUUUGGUUAAACAUAUUAGAGACAAAUAUGGCGAUUAUUUCUGCAUUGGUGUUGCUGCCUACCCAGAGGGUCAUCCAGAGGAAAACAAUGUUGAUAUUUUGAUUGAUUACUUGGAGGAAAAAGUUAAUGCUGGUGCCGAUUUUAUAAUCACGCAAAUGUUCUAUGAUACUGACUCUUUUAUUGAAUGGUGUGGUAAAGUUAGGGCCAAGGGUAUUGAUAUUCCGAUUAUUCCUGGUAUCAUGCCAAUUAUGUCAUAUGAUUCCUUUUUAAGAAGGGCUAAAUGGUGUCAAAUUAACAUACCAAAGUUUUUUUUAGACAAAUUGGAUCCUGUUAAGGAAGAUGACCAAGCUGUUCGUUUAUUGGGUACUGACUUGGUUGUGGAAAUGUGUCAGAAAUUGUUGGAUAGUGGCUAUGUUACUCAUUUGCAUAUGUAUACAAUGAAUUUAGAAAAGGGAUCCUUAAUUAUCCUGGAAAAAUUAAAGAUUAUUCCACCUUUGCAUCUUACCACAUUAACCACCGUCAAUCAGUUUGCCAUUAGCACUGAACAUGACGACAACCUACCAUGGAGAAAGUCAUUGAAUCCACAAAGAAAGAAUGAGAUGGUCAGACCUAUUUUUUGGCAGAGAAGACCAUACUCCUACGUUGCAAGAACCUCUGAGUGGGAAGCAGAUGAAUUUCCUAAUGGUAGAUUCGGUGAUCCAAACUCUCCAGCUUUUGGUGGCUUAGAUUUACUGGGAUCGUCAUUGAUAAGACAAAGCGGCAAGAACUGUUUGCAGUUGUGGGGUCACCCAACAACUUUAAAAGAUUUUGGUGAUUUAAUUGUCAAAUACAUUUCUGGUGACUUAAAAUGCUUACCAUGGAGUGAUACACCCAUUACUUCCGAAGUUGAUUCAAUUUUGCAUUAUUUAAAAGAUUUGAAUAAGCAUUUGAUAUUCACGAUCAAUUCGCAGCCUAAAGUUAACGGAUUACCAUCGAAUGAUAAAGUUUUCGGGUGGGGGCCUAAGAAUGGGUUUAUUUAUCAAAAGGGAUAUUUAGAAUUUUUAUUACCUAAAGCUGAAUUGGGCAGAUUUUUAGAAUUGGUUAAUAGCAAUGACUCUCUAACUUACUAUGCUAUUGAUAAUGAUUCUAACUUGUAUAGUAAAGAUGGCAGUGAAAAAGAAAACGCAGAUUCUGAUAAUGCUAGUGAAAUUCCAGGUAGUAAAGCCAAUUCUGUAACCUGGGGCAUUUUUCCAGGCCGGGAAGUUUUACAACCUACUAUUGUAGAAAAAGAGUCCUUUUUGGCUUGGAAAGACGAAUUUUAUGAAAUUUUAAGACAAUGGAAAAUUAAUUUCGAUAAUCAUGAGGGUAAUGAAAAAUCUGCUGAUUUGAUUAAUUCUAUUAUUAAUGAUUACAUUUUAUGUAACGUUGUUGAUAAUAAUUUUAUCUCGCCUGAACAGCAAAUUUAUUCUUUAUUAACUCAGUUAUAUUGA